ACAGCGGCGCCACGGCGGAGAGCUUGUGAAGCGCAGCGCACCUGGACAUCACCGCCGCCAGACACACACACACACACACACACACACACACACACACUUUCUCACUCAUUCAGGCGCACGUCGAGUAACAUGCGCUGCCACAUGUCAUGGCGUAAUGUUCCGAGAUUAUUGGACUUGAAAUGAGCGCAAAGGGAGAAGACUGCGUUCUCAAGUGUGCUGUGGAUCUCCGUCCUGUCCUGUGGAUCUCUCCUGUGGAUCCACUGGAUCCGUCCUGUGGAUCUCCUGUCCUGUGGAUCUCCUUUGGAUCUUCUGUCCUGUGGAUCGCCUUUGGAUCUUCUGUCCUGUGGAUCUCCUGUAGAUCUCCUGUAGAUCUCCUGUCCUGUGGAUCUCCUGUCCUGUGAGCCUUGUCAUCGUUUGUGUGGUGAUUUUGCACAUCCUGUCCUGUCAGUCACUAGACUUGGGCGUGCGUCGGUGUUGCUGCUCCGCUACAUCUAAACUGCCUGCCGUAUUUAUUUUAUCUGCUCUUUCUCUAUGACUCCAUGAUCCGACUCCGUGAUCCGACUCCAUGAUCCGACCGCGUCUCCCGGACACACAGCUGCUUCAGUCACACUUGACAACCCGGAUUUUUUUUUCUUCAGACUGAUUGUUUUGUCGUUUGCUGAUUGAGGAAGCUCGGGAGAAAAAUCCCCCUCAUUCGAGGGGCGACUCGAGCCCUUUUAUUUCCGCCACAUCCCCACCCCCGGUCCCCACCCCCGUCUUUUUCACAUGGGGGGUAAGCAGAGCACGGCGGCCCGGCCGCGGCCCCCGUUUCCCGGUGUGUCUACAGACGACAGCGCGGUGCCGCCAACGGCCCACUUUGGUCACUUCCGGACGGCGGGGACGAUGGGGCUCCGUAGCCGCUCGGUGAGCUCCGUGGCAGGUAUGGGCAUGGAGCAUAACGGCGCCGUGCCCUUCGGUUUUUACACCACAACCACCACCACCGCUGCCAAUCAGGCCGCCCCGCCCAGAGCCACUGAGCCGGACCGGGCCGCGGCAGGACAGGGUUCCGGCUCCGGCUCGGACUCGGUGCGCGCUCACGGAUACCGCGAAACAGGCGGUGACGGGCGGCACACGGACGGGGUGCUGUAUCUGGGCUCGCGGGGAUCACUGGCGGACACGCUGCCUCUACACAUCGCUCCCCGCUGGUUCAGCACACACAGCGGCUUCAAGUGUCCUGUUUGUUCCAAGUCGGUGGCACCCAAUGAAAUGGAGGUUCACUUCAUCAUGUGUCUCAGUAAGCCACGCCUCUCCUACAACGAUGAUGUGCUGGCAAGAGACGCAGGCGAGUGUGUGAUCUGUCUGGAGGAGCUGCAACAGGGAGACACCAUCGCCAGACUGCCGUGCCUCUGCAUCUAUCACAAAAGCUGUAUAGACACAUGGUUUGAGAUCAACCGCUCCUGCCCAGAGCAUCCUUCUGACUGACCUCCAUUCCCUAUUACUACUGCUGAGAAAGGGCACUUUAUGGACCUACACCUAGCUAUCUGGACACUGAUUUAACCAAAUAAAACAAUCAGUCCUAUUUAUUCGAUCAGAUUGGAUCAAACCUGUGGUGAUGGUGACGCAGAAAACCAAAUAGAAGAACAGAACACACCGUCAAGUGUUACUUUCACACGUAUCCCACAAUCCCCUUGCCUGCUGUACUAGCUAGCGACUGUGCUACCCGCUAACUGCCCCUCAUUAAAGUGACCGACGCUGGAUCUUUGUCCCUGGAGUCUCAGGUCUUCGGGGUUCUCCUCUGACUUACCCUGCUGUACCUGACAAAGGGCUCUCAGCUGGAUUAGAGGGUGGGGCCAAACGAAUGCCCAAUCGGAUGGCCGUGCCAAUUAUGGAAUAUGCUGAUUAGAUGGGCCUUGCUUGUGCUUCAUGUUGUCCUUAUUUGGAAAUGGGGCGGGGUUAGGUGUAGAGGUGUAUGGGGUUGGAAUUCGUGUGGGUGAGUGUGUUCUGUGCGCCAAAGCUGUGUGUGUGUGUGUGUGUGUGUGGUUUACAUUUUGCUGUGCUAUGAACGUUUCAGUCUGAUUUGUGUGUGUGUGUGAGUGUGUGUGUGUGUGUGUGUGUGUUUUGGGGUGUGGGGGGGUUGGCAGCAGUGGGAAUUGAAAUUUCCCUCACUGAGUCACAUUGGCCCGUUUACUGAUUAUUAAUUUACAGCGUUACAUCAAUUCCCCCAUAAGUGUGUGUGAGUGUGUGUGUGUGUGUGUUUGUGUUUGAGUGCUUGCACACAUCUAGAAAGCUGCUUAAUGUCUGGAUGUGGAACCACUGACGGACUGGUGUGAAACUGUUGCGAGAUACGAUCUUCCUUUCCUUUUUUUUUUUUAUUUUAUUUUAUUUUAUUUUUUUUUCAAAACAAUCCCGUGAGAAAUCUCACGUAAAAAUAAACUCUUGAAGCUCCUGGAUGCCUCUGCUGUAUAAAGAACAUCCGCUGUUAGAAAAUGUGAGAAUUGUAAGAAAAAAAAAAAAUAUCCACAAGCGAAAUACGAUGGACAGAAACAGCCUAAAAUGGACUGAGGGGUAAAGGGCAGGGCCAUGCAAACUGACCAAUCACAUGGCAGUCCUGAUCCCAGAGUUGUGAUGAGGUGGGUGUUGCUUGUACUUCAUGUUAUCUUCAUUAGGAAAUGGGGUGUGGGGGGUGGGGAUGGUGAGAGGACGGACAUGAUCGCAAAGCGAACCGGAUAGCAGGAAACGUGCAGUCGGCGACGACGGGACGCUUUAGUUUCCUGUUUUCUUCCAUUUCAUGGUUUUUUUUUUUUAUGGUAAUACAUUUUUGAAGAUGUGAAUGGACGCCUGUUUUUAGGAUGUACAAACUUAAUUGUCUGAUGACUUUGAUGUGCAGUCUGUGGGCUGAGUAAUACUGAUAAUGAUAUCUAUAAUUAAAAAAAGACAAAAUAAUAGA